AUGGACGCCCUCAGGAAGCAGGCCAGUAAGCUUAGGGAGCAGGUAGCAAAGCAGCAGCAGGUAAGCCUGCAGAUCUUAUUCAGCUGUCCGCGAUCCCUUCUCCAAGAAUCUCUCUGUCUCUAGAUUCUCUGUCUCUCUGAUCUAUUCUUGGUACUUUGACAAGUAUCUACUUACCCUUCGGUUACGCAACAUUGAACGUCGCCCUCUGGGUUGGGCUUACGAAUGGUACUAUAUAUUCGAUCGUUCGCUCUUAAUGCCGAGCGCAAUGGCCGUUACGGAUCAGCAGAGAAUUCCUCUUCCAUCGAUAUGCGAUGGAUGCAUGAUUACAAGGGACAAAUUUUGGACAAAUUAGAGGACCCUACUGAAACGUUUUUCUAUUUGGAAUUUCUGUCAUACCUAGUCACAAAUUAGAGGGCCCUGUCGUCAAAGUCUGUGUCUCUCUGUUUCCAGAAAGGGAAUGCGAGGAAGAGAACCAUUACCUGUAGUGGGUGCCUGGCUCGAACACAAUCUCCAAUAUUAUCUUCAAUAUAUGAAUUGUGUACAUGUGAUCAAGGUAAUAACGGACUGCAAAAUUUGGCAAAUGGUGUAAGAUGAUCUCUAUGUCAUGAUUUUAUCUCUUUCAGGCUUUUAUGUUCAGAGUCAACGCAACAGACCAGAGAAUUGAAGAGCAACCAGACACUUUUGCUUCUUGGGGUCUUUGUAUUUGCCAUACUGAUUUCGGAUUGGCAUGCGCUGAUUGGAAAUUCUGGAAAAAAGUAACUUUUUAUGGAGGUCAAUACAUAGGCACAGUGAAUAAAGUAAAACUUUUAGGCUUGAUAAUGUCUGACUGUGUACAUCACGCCCAUUCUUUUGUUUCAUGGAAGAUCUUUGAGGGAUCAUGUUGAGAUGGGCCCAGAAUGGGUUACUCAUAUGACAGCCAAGAGCUCUAUGACCUUCACCCAUAAAGUCUAUAUGCCUUUCUAGCCAUGGAUGAAAAAGUCUAUAGCAAAGUGCUCUUUCACUAUCCAAAGUCAUUUGUCUCUUCAUUUGGUCCAUCAAAUAGAAUUCGGUAUAGCAGCCAAUAUCAUCACUUUUCAGAUUUUCAGAUUCCUUCUCUGACCAUUGGAGUACUUAGAGAUUUCUUUUAGACUUGAAAAAUAUUAUUCUAAAUUUUCGAAUAAUCCUGUUAUUUAAUCACCUUAGUUCAUUAAUGAAUGUAGAAAAUGAGUACACAAGAUCUGGGCACAAAACGUGGCGGCCAUCUUGUUUAAUCCAAGUUGGUCUCCAUUUAUUAUGAUUAACUUGAAGUUCCAUUUGUUCCUCAUCCAUGAACGAAAACUAUAAUAGUAAAACAAUUUCGAGGCUGUUUACUAGUGGAAGUAUAUUGUAAACUAUAAUACUGUUAACAUCAUUAAUUUGAUUUAAUGUGGAUUAAGAGACAACAUUUCAGGUUUCAGAGCUAAGAUGCUACUCGUAUUUAACUUUGCAUUAAACGGUCAACCUUGUAUGGUCAUUUUCUGUAUUCAAAGACUGACCUCUUGUGUGGUCAUUUUCCAGCCUCUUAUGAUCGGUGAUUUUUUUACUAAAAAUAGAAAAUAUUUCGUUGUUGUAUGAAAGAUGUUUAUCAUCCAACCUAUUGAUGAUGUUUAUCAUCCAAUCCAUCAAUAGAAGAGGCUGUUUCUUUCUGCAAUAUUCAAAUCCCACUUUUUGCUUUAAUAUGGAUAUUUCUCACUUAAAUGUUUCAAAAGAACUUGUGUGGUUUUUGAUUUGCACUUUUCUUAGUUAUUCUACAGUUUACCUUCUAACAUAGAUACUGGGAAUGAUUGACAAUUAUCUUAUUACAGGCUGUAAUAAAGCAGUUUAGUGGAACUGGCUAUGAAGGAUCUGAUGCGAUUGUUAUAGAUGAGAUUGAGUUACAAAGACAUCAUCAACUUGAAAAACUUUACAGGUCAACUCGCUCUGGAAAGGUAUGUCCAUUCUUAUGAACUGGGUUGUACAUGAAACAAAUGUUUUAUGAGUCUCGUUACCAAUAUCAAUCUUGCAGUAACUGAUUGCAGAGAAAAUGCCAUAUUUGAGAUGGCUUUCAGUCAGAGAAUACUUUGUUACUUUUCCAACUCGUAUCUCAAAUACGAUGAGUACCUUCUAGACAUAUGUACCGUAUUAUUAACUUUUUCUAAUUACUCACUGUCCGGUGUAAGUGCCUACGAAAAGCUAUGGCCUGGUCCGAUUGAUUAAGUGGAGGACCCUGUCUUUGUUAGAGAUUCCAAUUCUUUCACUUUUACAUUUUUGCUAUAUAAUUGUCAUAUUAUGAGUUAGAUACUAAAAUGUGCUUCAUUUGUUGUUGUCUUUGUGCCACAUCUUCACAUCAUAGUUCUCCUUAAUAUUGCUUCAAAACCAAAAGGAUGAGAACUUUCAGAGACUGAAAUUAUGCUAAUCAGUCAGAUUUUUAUGGUACCUUAUCCGUUUUAUUUAACUAUCAUAUGACGAGAUUCAGAAGGAAGACAAUCCCUCAUACUCUUCAGAAGGUCCCUUGUGCAGCUGUUUUCAAACUGAAAAUUUGUUUAAAUUACAUACAGCAACCAUAAUAUGUGCUGGAUUAGACUAGGCAUGGGAAUAGCUUCAACUCCAAUCACAAUGGAGUGAUGCGUACUACAAAAGAAACCCUGGUUCUCUAACCAAUGCCACGGGGCAUCCUAUUUCAAAAAUGUGGAUUCUUAUGAGCUCGUCCUCUUCUAAUUUGUAUCCGGAAAAUAAAUAAGAUGCUUUAAUCAUAAACUUUUUUAUGAAAAAAGAAACAAAGUGUUCCUUAAAUUAAAUACAGAAUCCGGCCUAACCAUUUUUCAAAAUACACCUAAAUUAUUCCUUGAGUGCUAUUUUGAUUGAUAAUUUCAAAUGGAUUGGUAUAAAUUUAUGUACGUUUCUUGAAAUUGAAAGAACUCAAAUAUCGGCUGAAGAAAAGGGCCCACAAAAUGUUUCAUUGCAACUUCUGCUUUUCUGCAUCCAGUCAUACAUCCAAUUAUGUUGGAGCUAGAGCUUUAAAACAUCAUGUUAAUUAUAAUCAGAAUCCUUUGGUCAUACCAAAGCUUAUCUUCAUAUUGAAACAAAUUAUAAAGAUUGAAAUGAAUUUAUUUGGAAUGUUGUCUUUUGAUAGUUAACCAUCCUAAAAUGUUCUCUGAACAAGUCAUGUUACAGAGGAUCGGGAGAUAAUUGCAUGUGCUAGGAUAGCUCCCUCAUGACUCCUACAUGGUCAAAGAUGACAAAUUUAUUUCUUGGACACAGAGAUGCUGGAUUUGUUCUUCAUAUGGUUAAGUCCAUCAUUGGAUUACCCAUUAACGCAAGGAUGUGAUGUUCUUUUGUGAUGAGCAGCAUAUUAUGAAAGAUUUUAAUGAACCAAUGCUGAAACUAUGACAGCUGCAAGUUUGCGUUUCUUUGUGUUUCAGAGUAGGAAUGCAUGUUAUCUAUAUCCUAUGUAAUUUUUAUUAAUAAAUGAGUAUUGAUGGUGUGCCUACUUGUUCAAAUUCUCCCCAUCAUUUAACCUUUUUAACUUUAAAUUUAUGUCAGGAUUUUCAGAAGGAUAUUGUUCGAGCUGCUGACGGAUAUAUAGGACUGGGCUUGAGACACAUUGAAGUAGGUGUGUUUUAUUUUUCAACUGUUUGUAGCUUCCAUAUUAUGUUCGUUAUUAACAUUUCUAAUUUGAUUAUGAACUCUUCUUGGUCAUAUAAACUGAAAAGUUUACCAUCUUACCUAAUUACAAUCUGUUGCUCCGUAGGAAUGAAGUUUUCUGAGGACUGUUGCAAAUAUGGAAGUGAACAUGUUGAUAAUGGUGAUCUAGCUAAAGCAGCUUCAUUAUAUGGCAGCACACUGUCACAUUUGGAAAAGGAAUAUGAAGAGUUCAACAGGAUCUUAUCGUCUCAGGUCUGCCUUAUCUUUUUCACUGCAAGUUUAUGUCAAAAGCAGAGUUGCACUGAAACCUAUCAGUGUAUUUAUAUUUACUUACCAUCAUGUGGUGAAAGGCCCUACAGCCUUAGUCUCUUCCCUCCCCUUCAGUGCUUGCUCAUAUGGCAUCACUAUGAGUUUUCUGUCCAUGAUGUUAGCAUUAUUGUAUUUGAUGCAAAUUGCUCUGAUUUCCUCCACAAUUUUUUCUUAGAUUACAGAGCCAUUAAAACAAAUGAUAAUGGGUACCCCGCUGGAAGAUGCUCGUCAUCUGGCUCAACGUUACAGUCGAAUGAGACAUGAAGCAGAACUCCAGGUAAAGAAACGUCUGGUUAGGAAAUGGGUGCUUAUGAUUGCUGCCCGUCUGACUUCUACUGAUUUUUUUUCUCAGAACUUCGGAUUUUCUGUUCCUUGUAUAAUUUACUCAGAGAUGUUUAACAGGUUGCUGAAUUAUCUAGAAGGCAAUUACGAGUAAGGGAAGCCCCCAUUCCUGAGAACACUUCCAAACUUCAAUUAUCUGAAGCGAAAAUGCAUGAACAUAAAGCAAAUAUGGCAGUUCUUGGGAAGGAGGCUGCAGCUGCAUUGGCUGCUGUGGAAUCACAGCAGCAAAGGCUAACUCUUCAGCGCCUAGUGGCAUUGGUAGAAGUUAAUGUGGAUAAAUAAUUAUCUAGCCACUGUUGUUAUUUUUUCCCCUUCUUAAUCUAUUUAUAUAUGCUGCAGAUUGAAGCAGAAAAAUCAUUCCAUUUAAGAUUAGCAGCCAUAUUAGAUGGAGUAGAAGCGGAGGUAGUUUUCUCUCCAUAUUUGUAUUUCUCCAUAGUGAUUGUAAACUUUCUGUGCCUGAUACAUGUAAUGUGCGUACAGGUUAUAUCUGAGAAACAACGGAAAGAUUCUGCCCUUCCUAUAUCUCCUAAUACAUUUCGAAGCUGUGUGAAUGAAGCCUUGUUCUUUCUCGCAGAGGUGACUUCCUUUUCUCUGAAGAUUAAAAUCGAGUUCCCCGUUUCAAAUAAGAAAACAUUAAAAUGGAGUUCUCCAAUCGUUGUUCCAAACUUGGUUUUAUCUAUUUCAACCCAGUGUAAAAUAUGGAUCUUACUUCGAAUUCGUGAUUGCAGGCAAUGCAUCCAUUUGAAGCUACAGCAACGAAUGAGCUUGAUUUGAAUGUCGGAGAUUAUGUUGUUGUUCGUCAGGUCUGUCCAUUUUCUUGAAUUCAAGUUUAUGUUUCUUAGAAGACAUGAAAGGCAAUUGCAUUACUGUACUUGAGUACAUUUAAUUGUGCUUAAUAAGUGCGUUCAUAAGUAGAGCGUUAUAUUGUAGUUUUCUAAUCUCUUUUACUUUCCUUAAAUUAAACUGUAUGCAUGCUAGUCUGAAAAACGAACAGCAAAUAUCCUCGAGAUGGUACAGAAAUUUUUAACUUUCCAACUGACCCCAAUUUAGGAAACUAACUUUCUAGAUGAGGCUGCUGAUAUUUUGUUUUGCCUUACGUCACUAAUUAGUGUCCUGAUCAUCAUUUAGUUAGAAUAGCUGUAAAGUAGGAUCAUCAAAUUAUGACCUGCUUGAAUAUCCAGCAGGAUUGAUUGGGGAGAUGAUUGGAUAAUCCAGGGCGAGCUAAUUAAAAUUGUGAAAAUAAAGGAAGAACAUUUCCUUAUUGCUAUUUCACCCUAUUCAAACCAUCAUCUCGAUUCCUGAUUUAAAUUAGCGUAACACUAUUUUUACUACCUAAGCAAACUAUCAUUAAUCUCAAAAGAAAGAAGGGAGACUAUUAAUUGAAAAGGCUACAAUUUGUCCUCAAGUAAUUAAGGUUGAAUGACUCCUCAUCCGCAAACCAAUCGUUCAUAUUAAUUCUGGUUACGAAUGAAUAGAAUGGAAAAUAUCAGCAUUUUUAUCACUCAUCAUAAGAUAAGACCAGCUAAUUAGAAACCUCUUCUUUUCGCCUAAUAUUACCAAGUACAAACAAAUUGAAAGAUUAAAAGUUGGAGAUGCGACUUUCUGAAAUUGACAAAUGUUAUCAGGAGUUAAAUAUUUCUCCAAAAACAUUCUCGUUUUUCUUCUGAAGUAACUUGGAAUAUUCUAUAUGUUGUUCUCCUGGCUCACCAGUUUCAUACCAGAAGCUGUCUCUAGGGUAUGUCUUUAGCUUUCUAGCCUAAGGAUAUCAUAUCAUCCUGAUAGAAACGCUUGAGAAAGAAGAAACAAAAGAAAGUGAAAUAUUCUCAAAAUAAGACAUUAUCAUCACUGUAGGUUUUAUCUUCAAAACUUUCUCAUACUUAUUUACAACGAGUAAGAGAACCCUCAUUUUUCUAAAAAUCUUUCCCACCAGUUUCACUUAUGUCUCCAUUCCAAGGAUGCUUGUCUCCGUGUUUUAUUUUAUGACCCUGAUGCCCAUGGCUGCCAUUCACACACCUCAAAUCAAUCCUUGAAGCUUUGUCGAUCAAAUACGCUAUCAGGGUGGAGAUAAGCGCCUGCCUAUCUCAAAUCAGGUAAUGAAACCAGCUGUCAUAUGAUUCAUCCAAUACUUGGCAUAUCUUGUAGCGGUAACAUGUCUGGCAAACAUGGGUAACAAGCAAGGCCCACAUUAAGAAGGCAUGCUUAAUGAAAGAUGUAUCUACCAUCACAUUAAGAAGAUGCAUCUCCACAAAACGCAGUGUGUGGUUCUGGAUUCUAUUAUCACUCUUGGACGCCUUAAGAUAAAAUAUCAGGCCAACAGGUGACCUUGUCCGUUUUGAAGGAGUAUCUUGUAUCUUGUAUCAUGUAUAAAAAAUUUCUUUGAAGGCAUGCUGUUAGGCAAGGAGCCUCUAAACAGUACUCACUCUUCGCUUCCUGUGAAGGUGGUGUCUAGUUGAUGUCAGUCAACAUCAUGUUAUGCCGAGAAGCGUAUGAAGAGAGUACUCAGUCUUGCUUGCUGCUUGUGGGGCAAUUUAUAUAAUGUUAGGAGGACCCUUCUAAGAAUACUCCUGUCUAACAAAGAAUUGCGAAGAUGAUCUCCAAUUCACAACACCCAUCAUUUUGAAUGCAUGGUCUUGUUUCUAGUAUGAUUGAAAGUACAACCUUGCGUACAUAAUUAUUUUUUUUUUAUCAAUGUUGAUAGUUUACUGGCUACGGCUGACUGAUAGUGAAGCAUGUAAUCAUUGACCUGCUAUGGCUGGACUUGAGAUAUUCUAGUUAUAGAAUAGAAAUGGAACUUAAACAAGUCGAAAACUAGUUCUCAGAGACUCUCAAGCAAAACAGUUCUAGAAUUUGUUUCUUUCUUCAUUUUUGGUACUAAUAGAAAUAUAAUUUGACAGAAUCAUACGCGUCUGUCAAUAUCAUUGAAGAAUUGUCAUGUGAUUCCUUUGACUUAUUCACAUCCUUGUGGGAUAGUCACUUAUGUUUAGUUCUUUCAACAUACUCAGGUGACUCCAACUGGGUGGGCGGAAGGAGAAUGCAGAGGCCGCGCCGGGUGGUUCCCGGUGGCCUAUGUUGAGAGACGACUCAGCACGCCCAUCAGUAAAGCAGUGGAAGAAGCGUAUUAG